AUGUCCAAAUCUUCAACGAAUAAUACAUCGGGUGAUAUUAAUACUUCAUCCCAUCAUCACUCUAAUUAUAAUACAUCAAAUUCUGCUCAUUCUUCAAACAACAACAAUAACAGGACGAGUAAUACUAGUAGUAGCAACAAACAACAACAUUAUCAAACUGAUAAAUAUGAAUCUUCUGAAUCGCGAGAAAAUGGUCGUAGGCUUCAUUCCGAUCAUUAUUAUGAUUCCAAACGGUCUUCAUCACGAGAUGACCGACCAAACUAUAGAGGUGAUGACCGAAGAGAAUAUAAUGAUUCACGACGAGAGAGUUAUCAUGGCCAUCAUCAUUACCAUUAUCGGGACGAUGACCAUAACAAUACUCGAAAUAGAAGCGAUAGUGGUGGAAGAAGAUUAGGAGGAAAUGAUAAUAGAAUGAGUAUUAGUGGUGGUGGUGGUGGUGGUCCAAUCACUCACCAUCGGCAUAGUACAGGAAGCACUAGUGGUCAUCAUUCACGGUCCAGCAGUACUACUUCUACACGAAAUGAUCGAAGAUUAAAUCAAGAUCAUCAUCACUCGGAAGGGUAUUACACCAACAGGGAUGGAAAACGAUCUUAUCACGAUAGAGGAGGAGAUUCAUACUAUGAUGAUGACUAUGAUGAUGGCUAUCAUCAUGGCAGAUAUUCUACUUCACAACAACCACAUCAUUACCAUCAUGGCAGAGAUUAUUCUCGGGAUAAUUCCUACAGCAGAAGAGAAAGUUCUUCUUUAUCAACACUUUCAUAUCCAGUAGAAAAAUAUGGCACACUUUCGGAGGCUUUUGCUCAUCUCUCAGGUCCCUUUAAAAUUAAAAGUUUUGUAGACCUUGAGGUUCUUGGAGCAGGAACCUAUGGUGAAGUAUAUAAGGCCAAAGACGACCAUAGUACGAUUGUCGCUGUUAAAAAGAUUAAGAAUGAUCCUAACGCUACUAAUGGAUUUCCUAUUACAACGAUAAGAGAAAUCAAAAUUCUAAAAGAAUUGGAUCAUAUCAAUAUUGUGAAGCUUCAAGAUGUCACUUGGGAUGAAUCAUCAUUUUACAUGAUAUUUGAAUUUGUUGAUCACGAUUUAUCUGGUCUCUCUGAGAUGAAUGUCACAUUUACUGAAGAUCAUUUGAGAUGUUUGAUGUAUCAACUCGUUGAAGGCCUCUAUUUUUGUCAUUCUAAUAAUGUAUUGCACAGAGAUUUAAAAAAGUCAAACAUUUUGAUUAAGAGAGAUGGAACCUUAAAGAUUGCAGACUUUGGUCUAUCCCUUUUCAAAAAGAGAGAUAACAUUCCAUAUACAAAUAAGGUUGUAACACUUUGGUAUCGAUCACCUGAAGUGUUGUUAGGAUCACAAUAUUAUGAUGGAUCAAUUGAUAUGUGGUCUGUUGGAUGUAUUUUAGGAGAGUUGAUUAAAAAAGAAAAAGGACUCUUCCAAGGUACAACAGAGAGUGAUCAAUUACACAAGAUAUUUAAAAUUUGUGGCACUCCAGAUCUUGAAGAUUGGCCUGAGGUUGUCAAGUUGCAACAUUGGGACACAAUGAAACCGGUAAAACAAUAUCCAAAUGUCAUCAGAAAAGUAUUUAAUGAUGCUUCAUGCUCUCCAAAAGCUAUAGAUUUAAUUGAGAGAUUAUUAACCUUGAAUCCUCAAAAGAGAAUUACAGCCAAAGAAUGUCUUGAACAUGAAUGGUUUUGGGAGAAUGGAAAUCCUCUUAAAUUCAAACCUGGUAAAAUUUUACCAAAGAUUACUACAAACGAAUAUACUGCACACAAACAAAGACCACACAAGAAGCAAAAACAAGGUGACACGGGUGACAGUGGUUAUUAA